AUGGCGGAUGCAAGAUGUAAACAAACAAGCGAAAUUAAGUCAAAAUUAUCAUUAAGUAUUUUGGUCGCCAAUAGUUUGUUAUUCCAAAUCCAAGGUGUUCUGUAUUUGUCAUUGCUUCGAAGAAAUCGCCUAAUACAGAACAUAUUGACAUAUUUUUUAACAAAACGAAGGAAACUCUUAAAACGUUUGAAACACCAACAGGGAAAUCCACGUAAACGAAGAUCUGUAUGGUUUAGGCCAGGGAGAACCGACCAGUGGUGGAUCAAUACAUACCAGCUUUAUAACAACCCAUUUGAUUGGAAAAAAAAUUUUCGUAUGAGUAAGGAAGAUUUUAAUAAACUUUGCGAUGAAUUAAGACCCUUUCUCACACCUGAAUCCAAUACACCUAACCACCGAGCUUUAUCAUUAGAAAAGAAAGUUGCUGUCGUUUUAUAUUUUCUAAAGGACACCGGUUCUAUCUGGAUGACAGCAAACUCUUUUGGGAUACACCAGUGUACUGUUUCUAAAGUGGUUAAAGAGGUGUGUGCAGCUAUAACUAUGCACCUGACACCGAAAUUAAUCAAACUACCUGAAACUUCUGAAGAGAUGUACAAAAAAGCAUCAGAGUUUGAAUUAAAAUAUGGAAUGGUGCAGGCAUUUGGCUGUAUUGAUGGAACACACAUUCCAAUUAAGACACCAGGAGAAUGCAGUCAAGAUUAUUUUAAUUAUAAGCAGUUUUUUUCACUUAAUGUCCAAGCUGUUUGUGACUUCAGAGGUAUGUUCAUGGAUGUUGAUUGCAGAUGGCCAGGGUCUUGCCAUGAUGCUAAAGUAUUUGCCAAUUCAAUGAUCAGCAAAAACAUGAAGGAAAAUCUCUUGCCAAUAACUCACAGUUCCCUUUUACCUGGUUAUGAAAGAAUUCCAAAUUUUUUAAUUGGUGACCCUGCAUAUCCCUUGUUACCACAUUGCAUGAAAGAAUAUGAAUCGUGCAAGACAAACAGUCAAGUUAUUUUCAAUGUAAUGCUGAGAUGUGCACGUAAUCCUAUAGAGAGUGCUUUUGGAAGACUGAAAGGACGAUGGGGAAUUUUAACAAAAAAAAUAGACCUUGAUUUGAAUAUUGUACCACUGAUUGUUAUGACAUGUUUCACUUUACAUAAUUUCUGUGAAAUAAAUACAACAGUUAUAGAUGAAGAGCUAGUCACAGCUAACAUUGAAAAACAUAAGAAUGAUGAAAGCUUAAACAAAAACAUUCCAGACCCAAUAUACUCAGGCAAUACUUCUGAAGGACACGAGAUAAGAUCAUUAUUGACUGAAUAUAUCAAUCAAAACCUGCCGGACUCAUACUAAGUGAU